AUGCGGCCCUUGUCACUGGUCAGUCAGGCCAGUGGCGAUCGGGUCGCACCGGCUGAUACACUAGAGCCUAUUGCUAUUGUCGGUCUGGCCACUCGUUUCUCACAAAAUGCAACCACCACGGAAGGGCUGUGGCAGCUGCUUUUGGAAGCGCGGUCAACUUGGUCAUCCAUUCCCAAGGAACGAUUCAAUGCAGACGCAUUCUAUCACCCAGAUCCAGAACAUGGAGGAACGUUCCAUGUUCAAGGAGGGCAUUAUCUCUCUGAAGAUCCGGCAUUCUUCGACAGCCCGUUCUUUAAUAUCUCCAAAACCGAACUCCUGACCCUAGACCCGCAACAGCGAUUGAUCCUGGAGAAUGUGUACCAUGCCUUGGAAAAUGCUGGCAUCACUAUGGAGACUGCCCUAGGGUCCAAUACGUCCGUCUUUGUGAGCGGCUUUAACCACGAAUACCUUGGAAUUCUCAACUCGGACCCAGAAACUGCGGUUAAAUACAAGCCAACCGGUGUAACAAAUUCCACCCUCUCCAACAGAGUCAGCUGGUUCUUCAACUUCAAGGGAUCCAGUAUGACAAUCGACACAGCCUGCUCGAGUAGUCUGGUUGGAUUGCAUCUCGCUGUACAAAGCCUGCGAACCAGAGAGACCAACAUGACUUUGAAGGCGGUCGUCAGCGGCGUCAGCAUUUUGGAGAACCCGGUCGAGACAAUUGGAAUGGGCCACCACGGUCUACUAGGGGCCCAAGGGCGUUCAUUCAGUUUCGAUGCUCGUGCUGAAGGCUAUGCCCGUGGGGAGGGUGUUGGCACCGUAAUUCUAAAGCCGUUGAACGCCGCGGUACGAGACGGCGAUACCAUCCGUGCAGUCAUCCGAGAAUCCGGCGUCAACCAAGAUGGUCGAACGCCGGGAAUCACCGUACCUAGUUCCAAUGCACAAGAGAGACUUAUCCGGGAAGUCUACUGGCGAGCUGGACUGGACAUGGAACAAACCAGAUUCGUUGAGGCUCACGGAACUGGCACGAGCACGGGAGACCCUAUCGAGGCGGAGGCCUUGUCGAGGGCUUUCAAAUGCCGUCGAGAUGGUCCUCUUUAUGUUGGGGCAGUCAAAUCGACCAUUGGACAUUUGGAAGGAGGUUCCGGGAUAGCAAGCAUUAUCAAAUCUGUCCUUGUGCUUGAGUCAGGGAUCAUUCCAGCCAAUCAUGGUCUCCAAGAGGUUAACCCCAAGAUCCCGGUCAAUGAUUGGAACAUCAGAUUUCCAACGAAGAAGACGCCGUGGCCUUCAAAGGGACUCCGCAGAGUAUCUGUGAACUCAUUUGGUAUUGGAGGCACUAAUGCUCAUUGUGUCUUGGAUGACGCCUACCAUUAUCUUCAAGAACGCAGAAUCUCAGCGAUUCAUAAUACCGCACCUACCGUCCCGUGGACAGGGAAAACACAGCCACGAAGGAAGCUAAGUCUCGGAUCUGAGACUGAUCAGUCUUACGGGCACUCCGAUUCUGCAGACGAUAGUGAUCAUUCAGGUAGUGGCUUUGUGUUUGUUGACACGCCCACGAGCGAUACAUUCUGCCACUCGCCAGGUUUGGGGUUCUCAACCUUCGAUAGCCUCAUCGAGGUUCCGCAUGUCUUCCUGCUAUCUGCAUUUGAUGAAGAUGGCGUGAAACGUAACGCCUCUACAUAUGCUACUUAUCUAAACAAGAAAUUGAGCCAGACACAACCAACAGAUCAAUUUCUUGACGAUCUGUCCUUCACACUCUCUCGCCAUCGAUCUAUCUUCCCUUGGAAAGGUUUUGUAACAGCGUCCACUGUCAAACAGCUUGCGUGGACACUGGGAGAAUCAGACUUUGCGAGCGCCACAAGGACAGUCACUGCACCGGAGAUCAGCUUCGUGUUUACUGGACAGGGUGCACAAUACCAAGCGAUGGGUCGAGCAUUGAUGGCCUUUCCCGUUUUUCAGGAUUCACUGGAAGAAGCCUCAGAGUGCAUCCGCCGGCUAGGAAGUCCCUGGCUCUUGAUGGACGAGCUCUUUGCCGAAGCAAAGUCGACACGGAUCAACCUUCCCGAGAUUUCCCACCCCGUCUGCACUGCAUUGCAGGUGGCAUUGGUAGAUCUCCUGGCAAGCUGGGGAAUUUUUCCAAAAUACGUCACCGGCCACUCAUCUGGUGAAAUUGCAGCCGCCUACUGUGCAGGCAAGUUAUCGCGCGAGGCCGCUUGGAAGGUCUCAUAUUUCCGUGGUUACGUCUCAUCGAAACAAUCCGCCGCCAACGGAGCGAUGAUGGCCGUAGGCCUGAAUGGAACCCGCCUUGAAUCGUAUCUCGAUUCAGUGCGCAAGUGUCGGAAAGGAGAGCUUAUCAUUGCCUGUCACAAUAGCCCCAAGAACAACACGGUAUCUGGUGACGAGGCCAUGAUUGAUGCCCUGAAAGAGCUCUUGGACGCUGACGGGAUAUUCUGCCGGAAACUCAAUGUUCAAAAUGCUUACCACUCUGCUCACAUGGAAGCAAUUGCCCCGGAUUAUCUUCAUCUCAUGGGCUCACUUCACUCUGGAGGUCGGUUAGCCACGCCUCAUAUGGUGCAUAUGUUCUCAACCGUUACCGGCGAAGAGGUUCAGCAAGAACAUCUCCCUGGCCAAUACUGGGUCAAUAACAUGGUAUCGCCUGUCAAAUUUACGAAGGCGCUGAACCAAAUGCAUGCGCGAGCAACAGCGGAUGCAUCUGGCGAGAGCAAUCUGCACAUUCUUGAGGUUGGACCACAUUCAACACUUCAAAGCGCGAUCAAAGAGACACUGGGAUUGAAGAAAGACCAGCCAAGUGCGAAAUAUCUAGGUUUACUCAAGCGGAAUGAUCAUACCCUGAACGUGUUACUCAAUACCGUUGGUUCUUUGGCUGUCAACGGCUAUCCUCUGGACUUGCACAAGAUUAAUCUUGCCUCUCGCCCUCGGAGAAAGAGACAGCCUCGACUCCUGGUUGACCUGCCCCCAUAUAGCUUCAAGCAUACGGAGAAGACCCUCUAUGAGAGUCGAUUGAGCAGAAACCUGCGAAACAGAAAGUACCCCCGUCAUGAUCUGUUCGGUGCACCUGUCGCGGACUGGGACCCAAAUCUGCCCAGGUGGAGGCAUUUCGUCCGGUUAGACGAGAACCCAUGGCUGAGGGAUCACAUGGUCACCGGUAACUAUGUCUAUCCAGGCGUUGGUUUCCUCGUCAUGGCGAUUGAGGCUUCUCGGCAGCUGGCUGGUGAAGCGAAACUCAACGGGUUUCAACUGCGUCAUGUCCACAUCCAAAGAGCCCUGAUCAUUCCCGAUACGAAACAGGGUAUUGAAGUGAGUCUGUCGAUGACGGCUUCCGAGGCAUCAUCGGACACCAAGUCUUGGCGUCGCUUUCACAUCAGCUCAUACAAUGAGUCAAGCGAGAAAUGGACUGAGCAUUGUUCUGGUGAUAUCGCAAUUGAGUCUGCAAAGAUUACAGAUCCUAUUGACAAUGGUCGCGAGGCAAAAGCAAAAGCCCAAGCCCAUUGGGAAGGCUUCCGACGGGCUGAGAAAGACUGUAUCCGAUCUAUGAAUUUUCCGAUGAUCUACAAGAAUCUUCAAAGAGAGGGCCUCAAUUUUGGAUCUCUCUUUCAGAAUCUCGGUAAUGUGCGUACCAGUGGCUCAAGAUGCGGAAUAAUGACAGGCACGGUUUCGACCCCCAACAUUGCCAAGGCAAUGCCCAAGGAGUACAUGCAUUCUCAUUUGAUCCAUCCCGCAACCAUGGACAGUAUGAUACACAUGAUGAUCGCGGCAGUGAUUGACUUCAAUGGCAAGAACUCUCUAGACACGAUUAGACUCCCUACAUUCAUUCGUGAUAUGUGGGUUUCCGCCGACAUGAGCUCUUCGCCGGGUCACAAAUUCACUGGGCAUGCAUCCGUCGCUCCUUCGAAGGCUGGCAAAUUCCAAGGUCGCAUACAAGUGUUCGACGCGUAUACCAAAGUGCAGCGCAUCAAUAUGAAUGACAUUGAGCUCACUCCGCUUGAGUCGGGAUCUGAUGAGACUCUGAAACGGCAGCUCUGCACAGUAAUCGACUGGAAGCCGGACGUUGAUUUCCUCGAUUCCAAGUCUGCUUACAAUUCGGUUUCAAUUGAACAUGCUGAUAGCAGCCAGGAGCGACUGUGGACUCAGCGGCUUCAACUUGCAACUAUGCUUCAUGUCAUGGAUGCCCUGGAUGAGCUCCAAGACCUGGACGUCACAUCCCUUGACUUGCAUCUCCGCAGAUUCUACGAUUGGAUGAAGCACAUGCGAGACAAGCUUGAGCAUAAUACCAUUAUUCAUCUUCCCCACUCCAAGUUCCGCGAACUGGCUCGCGACGAGUCACUCAAAGAAUCUCUCUAUGCAGAGGUUGAGCGUCACAGUGCUGAAGGCGCAAUUACCAUCCGGAUGGGCCGCGGCAUUGUUGGUGUCAUGCGGAAUAAGAUUGAUCCUCUUCAUCUCAUGUUCGGACAAGAUAGUAUCAUGGAAGAUGUAUAUAAGGAGGGCCUUCAAUUGCACAACUUGCCCAAGCAUCUCCACAACCACCUGGAGCUCCUUCGUCACAAACACUCCGGCCUGAACAUUCUUGAAGUUGGUGGUGGCACUGGCAGUUUCACCGCGGAAAUUCUCGCUGUACUUUCACCCGAAUUGGCCCCUGCUAGAGGCAGCAUUGCAAGCUAUACGUUCACCGAUAUCUCAUCGGGGUUCUUCGACAAAGCCAAACGCAGAUUCCAGUCAUGGAACAGCAUCAUGAACUUCAAGACGAUGGACAUCGGGAGAAAUCCUGUUGAGCAGGGUCUACAGCCUGGUUCUUACGACCUGAUCUUCGCAGGGAAUGUGAUCCACGCCACCGCGGAUUUACAUAAUGCACUAGCCAAUCUCAGAUCUCUUCUUCGACCUGGAGGUCAAUUGAUCAUGCAGGAAGGAAUUCGACAGGAUUUCCUGUGGUACCCUCUUGUCUUUGGUCAGCUUCCUGGGUGGUGGCUCGGCAAUGAGCCCAUGCGACGAUGGUGCCCAUACAUUCCAUCCUGUGAAUGGAAUAGACUCCUCAUCGAUUCCGGGUUUACAGGUGUUGAAAUCGAGUACCCAAGCUCUGCUGAUGAAGACUUGACGUGGCAAAGCAUUCUUGUCUCGACCGCCGUUGCUCCACAAAGUAUGCCUUCGCGGGAUAUUUUUAUUCUGACCUUGGGGUCAUCCAUCACAGAAGACGCAGUCACCACUCUUCGACAUAAGCUCCAGGGGAAGGAAGGCUCGCAGGCUGUCAUCGUUGUAGGGCCAUCAGAACUCAAUUACAUCACUGGAUCCGAUUCGAUUUGUAUUUCCCUUAUCGACCUGGAAAUCCCCUUCCUUUCAAAUAUCAAGCAAGAGGAGUUCAUUGCGCUGAGGGAAAUGCUCAUGGAAUGUCCGAGCAUCCUGUGGUUGACCCCAACCCCAUCUUCCCAUCCAUUGACAAGUAUGAGCAUGGGUCUGCUUCGGACUGUUCGAUGGGAACGAGACGCAGACGGCUCGAAUAUUGUGACCUUGGAGGUUGACGAUCCUUCCAUCGUUCGCGGGCAGGACCUGGCAACAUGGAUUGAAAAGAUUGUUGAGCAUCAAUUCACACCGAUUCCGACGGCGGACCGACAUGCUGAGUACCGCCUGCGGGAUGGAACUAUGGAAGUCGGCAGAUUACGCGAGUGGCAAGAGCCAGAUGGGUUUCUCGCUGUGCAGACGUCGAGUGCGGCACCUGAGAUGAAGCUUCUUGGAGCGAUUGACCGCCCCAUUAAGUUAGAUUCCUCAAAGCCUGGUACACGAGGACAAUAUUGGUCAACAGACACAUCCGUUGAUGGUCCAAUUCACGAGAUGGAAAUUGAAGUCGAAAUUCGUGCAGUCGGGUUAAAUGCGGACACCAGCUCCCCCAACCUCUCGAAUGAAGCUUCUGGUAUCGUGAAGAGCGUUGGCCCUACUGUCGAAGACUUUGCCCCAGGUGAUCACGUCGUCUUCCUUACGGGCGACGAACGCAAAAGCUGCUUCCGGACUGUUGUGCGACUUGAUCAUAGACUGGCUGUCAAGGUUCCCCCUGGAAUUUCAUUUUCCGUCGCUGCUGGGCUUCCCUCUGUCUAUGUCACUGCCCUUUAUGGAUUAGCGGAUGUGGCUCGAUUGUCUGAAGCCAACACCGUCUUGAUUCACGGCGGAGCUGGACCUCUCGGUCAGGCUGCAAUUCAGUAUGCCAAAACAACUGGAGCAACAAUUUUUGCCACCGUGUCAACGGUAGAAGAUCGAGAUUUCCUCACUUCUCAGUAUGGAAUCCCUGAAGACCAUGUGUUCUCCAGGCAGACUGACAGCUUUACUUUCGGCGUCAUGCGGUGCACGAAUGGCACUGGAGCUGAUGUUGUUUUUAACACUCUUUCUGGUGAGAGUCUGCAAGAAUUAUUGGCUUGCGUGGCUCCAUUUGGUACCGUCCUUCAUGUCGACACAGCGGGAGCAAAGGUCAACAAAACCAUGUUUGAUCUCUCGUCUGUGCGACCUAACGUGACCAUCGCCAAUCUUGACAUAUCCGCCCUAGCUCAGUAUCGACCGAAUGUGAUCAAAAGACUGUUGACGAAGGCGUUGGGUUUGUACAAGAACGGCGAGAUUAGUCAUUCUCAACCCUUGACAAUCAAAUAUUUCGCCAAGAUCGGUGAACGUGAUCAAGUACAAGACAGCAGCAAUGGAAGGGUUGGAAAGUUCGUCUUCAAAUAUGAAGCUUCUGACCUCAUCCCCGUUCUUCCUGAUGCUCGAUCUCCAUAUCAAUUUGACAGGCACGCUUCUUAUGUUCUUGCCGGCGGACUGGGUGGCUUGGGCCGCAGUCUGGCUCGAUGGAUGGCCGCCCGUGGUGCGAAGAACCUUGUGUUCCUUUCCCGUUCAGGUCGUGUAUCCGCACCUGUAGCUGAAAUGCUAGAGGACUUGAAAGCCACGGGUUGCAAGGCCCGUAUCUUCAUAUGCAACGUUUCCAAUGCCGAUCAUGUCAAGUCUGUCGUCGAGGACUGUGCUGCUAGUCUACCUCCCAUCAAAGGGUGUAUCCAGUGCGCCAUGACUUUGCAGGAUGGUGCAUUUGCGAGCAUGUCCAUGAGCGACUGGCAGACCGCUAUCACACCAAAGGUCGAAGGGUCCUGGAACUUGCAUGAGCUCCUACCCACAAACAUGGACUUUUAUGUCAUGCUUUCUUCCGUUGCAGGUAUCUUUGGUAACCGUGGUCAAGCCAACUAUGCAGCAGGAAAUACUUUCCAAGACGCCCUCGCUGCAUACCGCACUGCGCGAGGCAUGAACACCUACAGCCUCAACCUGGGCAGCGUGUCAAGCAUUGGCUGGGUGGCGGAGAACAAAGACUCAAUGCGUACUCAAACGGCCACGUUGUUCGAACUGCUUCGGGAAGAUGAAGUUCACAGUGCAAUUGAAUUCCUGAUUGAUCCAAUGUACCAGAAGAUCAACCAUCAUCGAUCAACUCCCCACUCGCAGCUCGUGCUGGGCCUUCCGACGGCGGAACUGUGCCAGCAAAAUGGCAUUCCGUCGCCAUCAUACCUCAACUACUCUCUCUUUACCCAUCAACGUAACACUACCGCCGCAAAGGCUGCAGAGUCCAUUGACCAAAAGACAAUCAGCACUGCCGUUCUUCUGAGCUCAGUGUCCUCUAUCGAUGAUGCAGUUUCGGUAGUGUCUGAUGGAAUCGUCGAGAGGCUCUCUUCCCUUCUUUCAAUUCCCGUGUCAGACCUUGAUGUUCAGAGAUUCGGAUUCGGAGCCAUCGACUCACUAGUCUCAAUGGAGUUCCGCUCCUGGAUCGUCAAGGAGCUGAAAGCCGACGUCUCUCUUUUGGAUAUCAUGGGCGCCCAGAAUAUCCGAUCUCUCAGCCAGAAGAUUGCUCGGACAACUCGCCUGCUAGGAGGUCGCUCAACUUAA